AUGAUUAAGUGCAGACUUCGAGCUUCUCUCCACCAUCAAUUGACCGAAUUAGCCUUACCAGUGGAAGGUGGAGGUGUGAUUCCAAAACUGAAGACAGAAAAGCCUGAACCAUUUGGGGUAAGCAUUCAAGGCAUUUCCUACACUCCUUCCCACCCUUCCGUCCCUCUAUGGCAGAGAAUCAGUGGUACCAAAAAGAAACCCUAUGCCUCAUUUUCUAAGGCAGACAGCUUCCCCAGCAUGAAGGAUAUAGCACUGGAAGUGGGGAACUCUUCUCCAGUUCCUUCUCUGGAUUUUGAGAACUGCAAUGAUGAAGAAUGUACCUUCAAGUUCGGAACUUCACUCUCUGUUAUGAUUAAGAAUGAACCAUCUAUAAUCAACCUUCUCCAGUUGAAGGAGGCAAUUUCAGCUUUUGUCAAGGUCCCAAAGGCUUCCAAGAGGUCAGUUCCUAAUGGACUUGAUUGUUGUGACAUUGAAUUUAAGAGUGUGGAAUCAAGAAACACAGCACCAUUAAUUGGCAGUAUAACAGUAAAGAACUUCAGUCUCCCAAUAUCCUUGCUGCACUCGUUCGAAACUGUUACAAUUACAAUUGGCAACAUCAGCUCAGAGACCGCAGAUUCAGCAAUACACUCUACAUGCACAUUAUGUGGUCGUUUGGAGGGGCUGGUGAGGACAAAAGAGGAUGUUUUGGAUGCCAUAUUUAGUGUGAAGGGUGAGACAGACACAAAAAGUAUACUAAAGAAGUAA